AUGUCGUUGCAUCUUAACUACUACCGUAAUGGGAGUCAUCCACGUCAAUAUUACCCUUCACCUCCUUCUAUGCAUACUUCAGACUCCGGAUAUGGGGGUUCCACACGAGGAGAGAUGGGCCCACCAUCAUUAGAUUUCCCUCCUCAACCUAUUGAGAUUGAUUUGAGUAAUUCAAGGACCCUUCCAAGUCCUUCCCCUUCCUCUUCAAUGGCUUGGGAGCCACCGUCGUUUCCUUCCCAUGGAUUUUCGGAUCUAAGCUCUCCAUAUGGACCAAUUUCCAGAAUUCAACAACUGCCAAUGGAUCGGACGACAGGCCAGGCUCCAUUACUCCAAUGGUAUGCCGAUAAUGAUGGACCUUGGUACCCCAAGACAAUAUCAGAUCCUAUCUCGGAAGAGAGAACAAGUAUCAAGGUUCGUUCAAGUAUUCGCGCACCCGUUGCUUUUGGAGGGCCAUAUCGUCAACAAGAACCCUUGGAAAAUGGACCAUUUCAUUUCGGUGCUCCACCACAAUCGGAUUCAGGAUAUGGAACCAGAAGGAGUGUUGGAAAUGCUUCAAUAUUCAGCGCCGAUGUUAAUGAUCGCGACCAAGACUGUCAAAGCCUUGCAGGUCAUGUUGCAGACUAUCAACCAUUUCAGGGGUUAAAUGAAGCGUUGCAAUCCCGUGAGAAUAGGACAACCGAAGCAUGGCCAUUACAUCUGCCGACCUCGAUCAACUCUCCAGGUCUGUUUUGUCCAACAUGUCAAAAGUCUGUCAAAACAAAAUCCGAGUUAAAGAAGCAUGAUUUACGCCAUAAAAAGCCCUUUGUGUGCAACUAUCCAGGUUGCAUAAGGACUGAGGGAUUUAGCACAACCAACGAUCUAGAUCGACAUACCAAGAGCAAACAUCCCUUAGCUACGACGUCGAAGGCAGAACCAAUGAAGAAAUACCGCUGCGUUGUACCCGGAUGUAAGUCCAAGGACAAGGCAUGGCCGCGACUUGACAACUUCCGGAGCCACUUGAAACGAGUUCAUUCAAAUUACCUUCAACCGGAAAGCAUUUUUGAGGAUAUCAUACGACAGGCAGAGUUUUACGAACAGUCAAGUUUGACUCAGGACAUCUCUCAUUCCGUAGAAGCGCCAAUUCAAGAUACCUCGCACAAUAGGGAAGUCAACGAAAGUUCAUCAAAAAACCAGGAAGCCAAAAUCAAUUGGAAGCCCAUCUAUCCAGACUUGAUCCAGGAUUUGGUUACCCCAGUGGAUACCCCAAUGGAGAAACCUUUCGUCGCGGACAUCAAUGCCAGUAGUACUAUUGUACUUGGUCCCAAUAAUACUUUUUCGGGUUCACAUACCAGAGAUACUGUUCAACCAUCGGAAUUGCUUCGCACUCCAAUUGAAGUUAUUAACAAGAUCACUUUGGAGAGUGUUCUCUCAACCCCAGUGGGUAAAAAUAGUGCAUUAGAUCGUAAUCUUGAUCAUGUAAGCUGUCCAUCGGUGGAGCGCAAUCCAUUACCAUCUGCAGGUAAGGCAACUCGGCAUAGUAGCGUCUCAGCCACCGAUGCAGCCAUUACCGAAGUAAUCAGGACCGCAUUAGCAGAGGCGAAAAGUUCAUCCGACAUUAGUGCAUUACCGAUGGGACGGAAAGUUUUGCCUAAUGGAAAAUCUUCUUCGGUCGAUUCCUGGGGAACCACAACAGAUAAAGAUGCAUGCUUACUAGAUGAAUCGAAUAAGACUAUAUCUUCUCCAACGGUUGAUUCUCUGGAUCAGGACAAAGCUGUUGAAGUUUUCAAGACACUUCAGAAAUUGGGCUAUACUAUUCAAAAGGAUCCAAAUCAUACUGCUCCAAUACAAAAUACUGUAUCUGUUGCCGGCAAUAGGAGUAACAAUCAAAUUAGCUGUCAGGUUUGUAAAAGAUUUAGAGGACGACCCUGCGAGUUGAAGAAACACAUGAAACGGCACGAGAGGCCUUAUGGCUGUACUUUCUUGACCUGCAAGAAAACUUUUGGAAGUAAAAAUGAUUGGAAGCGACACGAAAAUUCUCAACAUUUCCAUCUGGAAACCUGGCGCUGCGACAAGGAGAAACCUGAAGGAGGCGCAUGUGCGAAAGUCUCGUAUCGCCGGCAAUUAUUCCAGGAACAUUUCAGAAAAGAACAUGAUAUCGUUGAUCAAGACGAUGUCAAGAUUAAUGUGGAAGCCUGUCAUAUUGGCCGUAACUGUCAAGCUCGUUUCUGGUGCGGCUUUUGUCAGAAGCUCAUCGAUCUCAGGAAGAAAGGUCUCGAAGCUUGGACAGAACGAUUUGAUCACAUAGAUGAUCAUUUCAUGGGACGCCGAGGACUUGACAAACAAGGUAUUCGGGAUUGGAUUCCACUUGAUAUUGAUAAACCCGAAGGCGACGUCUCCAGUCCACAUUCUUUAGGUGGAUCUUCACCCAAGGGUGACGGUGGAGAAUCUUCUACGGAUUCUAUCAAUGACUCUGGUAGAAGUUCACCUGAAUCUGUCGGUAGCACAGGAGCUUCAUCUGCCUUGGCAGGAAAAGAACCUAAGAUAUCGAAGAAACGAAGAAGCAGCGACGAUGAGAGUGGCAGACCGACAAAGUAUACAAAAUAUAUGGAGAUCGUCUACUGUUGUCAAUGUACGGAUGAUCCAGGACGUACUCUUACCCUCAGUCCCAAAUGUACUUCCUGUAAUCAUCAUUACUGUAACGAUUGCAAACGCGAUUCAAUAGGUAGUCGAGAGGAAUCUUAA